UGCGCCAGAGCGCACUUUCACUACCUGCCACACAGGCAGUAUUUCACACGGGGCCACGCAGAGUUCUCAUCCACUUGCGUGUACGCUGCUGCUGAUGCUGGAGGACACUCCGAGUGGUUUUUCUUACAGCAUUUUUUUUUUUGCUUUUGUCGUGGAUAUUAUUAGCAUGAAUUGGAUAAUACAACAUUCAUAAAGAGUUUUUUUUUUUUUAAAUCAGAAGACAAUCACGGUUGUGAUGAAGAAUUGAAGUUUCAAGAGUUGGUGCCAACUAUGUCGAAACCAAUGGAUCACGUAAAGCGUCCUAUGAAUGCCUUCAUGGUGUGGUCCAGAGCACAGAGAAGGAAAAUGGCUCAGGAGAACCCCAAAAUGCACAACUCGGAAAUCAGCAAGAGGUUAGGCGCCGAGUGGAAACUUCUCACGGAGUCCGAGAAGAGGCCCUUCAUCGACGAAGCCAAGCGGCUCCGAGCCAUGCAUAUGAAGGAGCACCCCGAUUACAAGUACCGACCCAGGCGGAAGCCGAAGACCCUGAUGAAAAAGGACAAGUUCUCCUUCCCGGUGCCGUAUAACCUCGGGGAGCACGACGCGCUCAAAGUCAGCGGCCUCUCCGCGGGAGGUCUCCCCGAGAGUGUCAUCGGGAACCCGGACAAGGCUGCGGCUGCAGCAGCCGCCGCAGCCGCUCGGGUCUUCUUCAACCCGUCCAUGUCCACGAACCCUUACUCCUUUUUCGACUUGGGCUCCAAAAUGACAGAGCUUUCCCCGCACUCUUUCCCUUACGCGUCCCCGCUGGGGUACCCACCUGCAGGGGCGACUGCUUUCACGGGUACAGGGGGUGCCGGCGUCGGUGGAGGGACCCACACCCACUCGCACCCUUCACCCGGGAACCCAGGCUACAUGAUCCCUUGUAACUGCACCGCGUGGCCCUCCACUGGACUCCAACCCCCACUCGCGUAUAUCCUGCUCCCCGGGAUGGGGAAGCCUCAACUCGAACCUUAUCCCGCCUACGCCGCGGCGUUAUGAUCGACGCAAUGACAGAAUUAAAAAAAAAAUAAUAAUAAUGAUGCAAUAGUUUGGUUAUGCAUGCACAAACGUGUACAUGUGAUAACGUGUGCAUAUAUCACGUGUACUAUAUGGAUCAAUACCUUUAUUUAAGGUCUCCGUGAGCGCUCGCCAAACUUUUGCCAAGGGAUAAAAAUGGACACUUCAAUGUGGAAGAGACGUGGAAAAGAAGAAAAAAAAACUUGUAUCCACUUUGCACCUGUUGGAAUUGGACAUUCGUGGGUCCAUGCACCGUGGGAGGAUUGUGACACUCACAAUAUGUACCUGCAAGACAAAAAAAAGAGAAAAAAAAAACAUGUACAGUCCAGUUAUUUGCCGUUCUAGGCUUUGUGUUCAUCUCCAAGCAGGAUCAGUUCACUAUAGCAUCAUGUGUACAUUUAGAGUUUUUAAACCCUUUUUCUAGAUGUCUGUAAUAUUUAUUGUUUUAGUGGAAUCUAUGGUGAGCAAAUAAAAAGGACAAGACUGUA